AUGCCAGAGCAACCCCAAAUGUCGGCCUUUGACUUCGAUCCAUAUGCACUGUUUGUUGUAGGAGAGCAGCAAGGCACACAGCAGUCUCAUGAUGCCCAGGGCUUAUUGUUCAGUCAUGCACAGGGCUCUUCGUCUUACAGAGAUGGAGAUGGCCUAUCAUUGUCUGGUAAUGCACAGGGUGGCUCAUCAUUGUUCAGUCACGCACAGCCUGAGGGCUCAUUGUUGUUUGGUUAUGCACAGCCUGAGGGCUUGUCAUUGUUCAGUCAUGCACAGGGCUCGUUGUUGCUCAGUCACGCACAGGGCUCAUCGUCGUUCGGUCAUGCACUGGGCUUGUCAUCGUUUGGUCAUUCACAGGAACCGUCAUUGUAUGCCGAUGACAAUGGCUACAAUUUUUAUGACCACUUCUGGGACAUUCCCUCAGGUCCAUCAUUCUCUAAUUUUCCACCUGAAAAUCAUCCUGGACAAGGAGAGAUACCUGUAUCGGAAGUAGUGCAUACAGUAGGACCUGCAAGGACGACCCGGGCGCACAUGACCCACCUUGCCAACAACAUGCCUCAUGAGACGCCAACUACUGUUCAACCUGAAGUGUCGUCGUCGUCAUCUCAAAAAAAGAUCAAGCUGAUGACGGAAGAUAUCAAUCAUGCACUUAAGGACACCAAAGUCGGGAUCACAGGACUUAAGAAGAGGCGCCUCAUUGAUAAGGCCAUUGAAGACUUGAUCCCACAAUUUUAUGGGCCUGAUGACCAGUAUCACACUGCCAGGAUCAACUCACUCAUUUGGGGUGCUGACCCUCUUCUGUUCAUGCACAAUUUUUAUUUUGAUGAGAACAAUAAUAUAAUUGUUCAUGCAAAAUUCCAGAACAGAUUUGUCAUGGCCAAUGCUAUUAGAUUUGUGUGGUAUUGGGGCUACACAUCAUUUCUUGACACAUCCUCACUCAAGCCCAUCAAGCCCAUCAAGAUCAUCAUAGGCAUAGCUGGCGCAGCUACGCACUGCGCGUUAUAUGAACAAGCAAGGGCACAGUUGGACAUUGACCCCUUCAGUGGAAGAGCUCACAGCGACAAAUUCAGAGAAAUCAUUCGCGUGAUGGAUGGACUUACUGGCGAGGAGAAGAUUGAGUUGGAGCAGUAUUUACAGUAUGUAUUGGAUAUCAGACCAUCACAAGUACGGGGUGAGGAGAGCUCGUUGGCACCUAACUCAGAUAUGGAUGAUUGA